GGACCCACGUAGCAUCGCGCAUGAACUUCCUGCGAAAGCCUUUUGCGCGCAAUCCGCGUCAGUCCCUAUAAAUACCUCCCGGACACCGUGUCGGGCAUAUUUCUCAUCAUUGAUCGCAACAGCAGCGGCAAUGGUGUGCGAGAAGUGUGAGAAGAAGCUGUCGAAGGUGAUCGUGCCCGACAAGUGGAAGGAAGGUGCCAGCAAUACUACCGAAGGUGGAGGCCGUAAGAUCAAUGAGAACAAGCUCCUCUCCAAGAAAAACAGGUGGACCCCUUACGGAACCACCAAGUGUAUCAUUUGCAAGCAACAAGUCCACCAAGAUGGUCGAUACUGUCAUACAUGUGCUUACACAAAAGGCAUGGAACUCUUCCUCUUCCCCCUCCCCUCUUUUUUUCCUUCUUUGCUUAGAGGCGUUUUUUAAAGUGUUUCUGUUUGUACAGGAGUUUGUGCAAUGUGCGGCAAACAAGUGAUCGAUACAAAGUUAUACAAGCAAAGCAAUGUAUGAUCGUAAUGGCUACUUUGUUAUUCUAAUUGCAAAGGUCUUCCUCAUUGGCUUGCAUCUGUAAAUUAGUACAAUCUAUGUUUUGCCUAAUGGUCUUAAAUGGUUGUAUGAGCCGUAAUUCUUUUAUGGCCAUUGCCCUGUGAGCAUCAGUUGCAGUUUCUGCUAA